UUUCUCUCUCUAUUUUAUAUACAACGCCUCUAGCUUGACGGUUGCGUGUGCUUUCAUAGCUAAACUCUCUGCUUUACCUUCCAAUUCAGAAGCGAUGGAAGCAUCUGGUACUCUUAAUCGUUCCCUUCAUAGCUUCUCAUGUAGUGGAUUUGAUAACAAUUCAUUCAAAUCCUCUGUUUGUGGUGUUUCAAUCGAUGCCGGGAAACGGUUUUCCGGUGAGUUUCGGCUUCCGGGUUGUCGUGAUUCUUCGAUUUCUUUAAAGCCCAGAAAGCCUUCAGAGUCGUUUUUUCCUGGGUUUCUUGAUAAUGGGCAUUUGAAGUAUUAUGCUUUGCCAACGACGUGUAGCAAGGUAUGUAAGAAGGAGAAAUCUGAGACUCUGACGAUUAAGAAAAAGUUGAAGCAUAUUAAAGGGUUGUCUAAGAACUUGUUGGUGCUUUCUUCUGGGUUGAGUUCUCCGGAUAUUGACAAUGAUUUUGUUGGGGAUGAUAAGAGGACGAUUUCGGAAGCAACUGAGGUUCUUUUUGCUCAACUUAAAAAAUUAAGAGUAGAGGAAAAAGAACUGAAAAGGAGAAGGAAAGAAGAGAAGGCUAAAAUGAAAGCUACAUUAAUGAAAGCUAGGGAUGACAAUGAAUCAUCUUCUAGCUCCUCAUCGGAAACGAGCGAUGGCGAAUGCGAACAGGUGGUUAAUAUGAAAAACCUCAGUAAUAUGCCAGUCGCAGAACCCCAGUCAACCAAUGAAAUAGAAGGAUCAGUAACAACCACGAGCCUUCAUACCCUAGAACAGAGAAUAGCAGAGGUGAAUCAAGAUCACAGUUUGAAGAGUUUCUGGAAUCGUGACAGUAAGGGUGAAGGAAGCAGUGUAGUUGUGGGGGCAUCAGUAGAGAAGAUUGAGGUUUGCAUGGGAGGGAAGUGCAAGAAAUUGGGAGCUCCAACAUUGUUGGAGGAAUUUCAGACGAGGGUUGGUGUGGAGGGGGCUGUUGUUGGAUGCAAGUGCAUGGGAAAGUGCACAGAUGGUCCUAAUGUGAGGGUCUUGAAUGUAUGUGAUAAGAACUCCUCUGAUGGAAUGGAGAGAUCUGUUAGACCUGCAACUAAUCCUGUGUGUCUUGGUGUGGGAUUGGAGAAUGUAGGUGACAUCGUGGCUAAUUUUUUUGGAGAUGGGAGCAAGGAUAUGGGUCUGAUGGCAACUUAGAAGGACUGUAUCUAAUUCAAGAAAGGAAAAAAAUCAAGAAAGGAUGAAAAAGAAAGAAAAGAGUUUGUGUUUGUGGGGUGAAUCUAACAGUGAUAUGUAGAAAGUAUAGCUUUUAGCUUUGGAAAUUCUAACCAUGUAGACUACUUAAAAGCUUGCAAAUGAAUUGAUUAUGCUUAUAUUUUUAGUAAA